AUCUGAGCCGUCCACGCAAGUAGAUGUGAAAAAGGCGUCAAGGCGUGAUACCCCGGUAUACAUGUUUUGGCGCCGCUGUGUUUCACCAGCUGCGCGUUGUCCGAUCCCCUCGGCCUCUCUCUCCUCUCACUGUCUUGUUGCACUUUGCAGGCGAAACCCUAGAGUGCUGUAGGACAAUUUCUCAACAAUGGAUAUCGAGGAAGAGAUCCGAUCAAGCAUCCAGUCACUGCAAUUGGAUUCUUCAGAAGAUAGUAAUGAAGUGGCUUUUCCAGAAGAGGUUAAGGCAAUAGAGGUUGAAAAACCUGAUAAGCUGGAAGAAGACAGCAAGGAUGAGGUCCAGGCAAAUACUGAGCCAUUGCAGAAAGAGCCAAAAGUGAAAGAUAAGGAGAUAGCUGCUCCAGCUCCAGAAAAUGUCGAGGAACCAGAUGAAAAUGAUGAAAACAAGAAGCGGCACCUAAAUGUUGUAUUUAUUGGUCAUGUUGAUGCAGGAAAGUCAACCAUUGGAGGUCAGAUACUCUUCCUUAGUGGUCAGGUUGAUGAUCGAACGAUCCAGAAAUAUGAAAAAGAGGCCAAGGAUAAGAGUCGAGAAAGUUGGUACAUGGCAUAUAUCAUGGACACCAAUGAGGAAGAGCGUGUAAAGGGAAUAACUGUGGAGGUUGGUCGUGCACAUUUUGAAACAGAAACCACAAGGUUUACAAUUUUGGAUGCUCCGGGUCACAAGAACUAUGUUCCAAACAUGAUCAGUGGGGCAUCUCAAGCUGAUGUUGGUGUUCUGGUAAUAUCUGCACGAAAAGGGGAAUUUGAAACUGGAUAUGAAAAGGGUGGACAGACACGUGAACAUGUCCAACUUGCGAAGACCUUGGGUGUCACUAAAUUGCUUGUUGUUGUCAAUAAGAUGGAUGAUCCUACUGUGAAAUGGUCUAAAGAGAGGUACGAUGAAAUAGAGUCAAAGAUGACACCUUUCCUUAGAUCUUCGGGUUACAAUGUGAAGAAAGAUGUUCUGUUUCUCCCUAUAUCUGGUCUGCUUGGCUCUAACCUGAAAACAAGGGUGGAAAAGAGUGUAUGUCCAUGGUGGAAUGGCCCAUGCCUUUUUGAAGCUCUUGAUGCCACAGAGUUGCCACCACGGGAUCCUAAAGGUCCAUUCAGGAUGCCAAUUAUUGACAAAUUUAAAGACAUGGGAACCGUUGUUAUGGGUAAAAUAGAGUCUGGUAGCAUCUGUGAAGGUGAUAGCUUACUGGUCAUGCCCAAUAAGGCUCAAGUGAAGGUACUUGGCAUACAGUGUGAUGAAAACAAAGUGAAACGUGCAGGGCCUGGUGAAAAUGUCCGGGUAAAGUUGUCUGGGAUUGAAGAAGAUGAUAUAUUGUCUGGCUUCGUUCUAUCCAGUGUUGUAAAACCAAUAGCCCCAGUUUCUGAGUUUGAUGCACAGUUGCAGAUCCUUGAGCUACUGGACAAUGCAAUUUUUACAGCCGGUUACAAGGCAGUACUGCACAUUCAUGCUAUCGUCGAGGAGUGUGAAAUUGUAGAGCUGUUGCAGCAAAUUGAUCCAAAGACAAAGAAACCUAUGAAGAAGAAGGUUCUUUUUGUCAAGAAUGGUGCUGUUGUUGUAUGCCGCAUUCAGGUUAAUAACUUGAUAUGCAUUGAGAAGUUCUCUGAUUUUCCACAGCUUGGAAGAUUUACUCUUCGAACUGAAGGGAAAACGGUUGCAGUUGGGAAAGUUACUGGUCUUCCAACAUCUAAAGCUUCAACAAAUUUGGGAUGAAAAGAAUGCCAUUUUAUGAUAGGAAACGUCCACCUCUAAAGCACACUCGGGAGCCAUUGCACAUUCCGAUGCUCUUUGCAUUGUCGAGCGUGUUGGAAUUAUUCUGAACUCUGUUGCGUUUAAACUUCUCCAGUGGUGCUGAUUAGGGUUUUAUAUCAGUCAUGUGAAGCGUUGUCCAUCUGUGCGGGCUUUUAUAGAUUCACCUUAUUUAUUGAGGUUUUGAUUUUUCAUAUUUUGAUUCCAGUUUGACCUGGUUGUCCCUUAGCAAACCUCAAGCUUUACAGAUAUUGUUUUGUGAAAUCCUAAUUUGUAGUAACUUGAGUGAGUCAAAAGUACUUUAUGCGCACUCAAGCUUCUCCGUCUGGAGGAUGUCAAAUUAAUUGAAAAUUCUUCAGUGGCCCUUUUAAGGCUAUAGUUAAGCGAUUUUAAUAUUUUUGUUUUUGCAA